GCAUGUGUCUGAACGAACUUCCGACGCACAGGUGAAGCUAAAAAAAAAAUCUAUCAACAACAUAAAUAUAUGUAACUUGUGAGUGAGCAAGUGUGGCCAAUUUGUUGACUGCUCUGCGUUCAUGACUGAAAAAUGCCCAGAUUUCGUGAGCGUCCAGGUCAAACUCACUGUCAUCCUGCGACACAAACACCUCCUGUCCAGAGCAGUCUGAUAGCUAACAGAUACCUCAUCCAGCAGAGACUCGGGAAGGGAAGCUUUGGCACUGUUUACCUUGUUAAAGACACAAAGGCAGUAGCAGAAGAGAGACUAGGCCAGAAGCGGCUAAUCUCAUUCAAGGAAGGGAAUGCUUCUCUCUUCAGCCCUGCUAGCCCACUUUCAGCUUGUCCUCUGUGGAUUUCCCUGUCUGACAAGAUUCCCUGGAGACUCCUGGCAGCAUUACUUGUUUCUGCUCACCUCAUGAUCCAGCUCUCAGUUAUGCAACCUUCCACUUCAGAAAUCUCCCAAUUUGUUUGCAGGAAGGUGUUGAAAGAGAUUCCUGUUGGCGGUCUGAAACCCAAUGAGACAGUCCAUGCCACUCAAGAGGCUCAGCUUCUCUCUCAGCUAAACCAUCCUGCCAUCCUCAAGUUCUACAGCAGCUUCCUGGAGAGAGACACCUUCUGCAUCAUCACUGAGUACUGUGAGGACAAAGAUUUGGACUGUAAGUUAGAAGAGUUGAAACGCACAAACCGGAUGUUAUCAGAGCCUCAGGUCUGUGAAUGGCUCUGUCAGCUACUGUUGGGAGUACAUUACAUACAUCAGAGGAGAAUACUUCACAGAGAUCUAAAGGCCAAAAAUAUAUUUCUAAGGAAGAAUAUUGUUAAGAUAGGUGACUUUGGUGUAUCCUGUCUGCUGAUGGGGUCAUGUGACCUGGCGACUACCUUCACAGGUACUCCAUACUACAUGAGCCCUGAAGCCCUCAGUCACAGAGGAUACAACUCCAAAUCUGACAUCUGGUCUUUAGGCUGUAUCCUCUAUGAGAUGUGCUGUCUGACGCAUGCUUUUGAGGGGCAGAACUUCUUGGCUGUGGUGAUGAAGAUUGUGGAGGGACCUACUCCAUCCUUGCCAGAAACAUACUCACGGCAGCUAAACUGUCUAAUGCAAAGCAUGUUAGAAAAGGAUUCUUCAUGCAGGAUCUCGGCAGCUGAUGCGCUGAGGAGCAGGUUCAUUGAGGAGAGCUUACAGAGCAUGAAACACAAGUUUUUUAGCCUAACGCUUCGAGACAAGUCGAUGGGGGGAGAGAGAGAUGCGUCGCAGAUCCUGAGAGCACUGCAGAAGAAGGUACAUCUGCAGACACUGCGGGAGAGAUCAGAGGUGCAGAAAAUGAGCCCGAGAGAACGCAUGCGGCUCCGGAAACUCCAAGCAGCAGAUGAGAAAGCAAGAAAGCUGAAGCAAAUUGUGGAGGAAAAAUAUCAAGAAAACCACCUGCGCAUGCAAGAGUACAAGUCCAAAAAUUUUCAGAAAGUUAGUGUGGAUGUUUUAAAGGUGAGAACCGAAGAAGCAGUUAACCAGACUCAAACGAUUCAGAGUGAAACACCAAACAGAAACUCCGAACUGUCAGGAAGCAUUUCUCAAAACUCUGAUAAGAUGUGCAAGUCUGUGUCGAAAGACCAUGCAAUCCCUGAGGAUCCUCAGACGGCGGAGGCAUUUUACUCCGUGGAUGAAUUUGAGUCAUGCUCGGAGGAAGAUUCAGAUAGAGAGGAAGACUCAGAGGAUAAUCUCCCCACAGACCCUUCCUGUCAGACAUGUGGACAGGACAGUGACUUGGAGGCCAUGAUCAGACACAUGGAGGAUGUUCUGAAUGGUGACUCGGUUGGAUCUGAAGAACAGAAGCCUCAGCUGGGUUCUCUGGGAGUGAGUAGCAUCAAUACCUCCAUGGCUGAGGGCAGAAUACAGCGCAUGAGAGAGUCUGUGUGUCGGAAGCUAGGAGAUGAGGUGUUCCUGAAGGUCUAUGACUAUCUGAAACAGGCCCGACAGAGACAGGAGAGCGAGGAGAACAUCAGACAGGCUCUGAUCCAGCUGGUGGAGAGGCCCGGUGAUUGCUUUGAAGUAGAUCAACUUCUUUAUUAUGAAGAGCUGCUCUUGGCAGCACAGGAAAACACUGUAAAAUAACAAUGAAGCAGAUACACACACACACACACACACACACACACACACACACACUUACUCACUCACAGACGUUAUCUGUCAACAACUAUAUGGAUCAAUUUAUGUACUUAAGAUCUGCCUGUAGUGCAACUUCAUAUUAUUAUACGUUAUAUAUUAUAGAUUAUAUUAUAGUAUUAUAUAUUAUAUAGUAAAGCAAUUCAUAUAUUUAAGAAUUGCUUUACUUUUAAUUAAUGUGCUGGAAUCAUGUGUGUGUGUGUGUGUGUGUGUGUGUGUAUGUAUAUAUAUAUAUAUAUAUAUAUAUAUUACAGCACCACAAAAUGCCUUUUUUCUUGAUAAAUUUUAAUAUCAAAUUAUGAAUAUUUAAUAUUAGUGAAUAUUUCCCGUUUUCCUUUAAAACACGCACUUCACUGUCAUCUAUAAAAUAGAAGUCAAUUAAUUAAAUAUAAUGAAAUGUGGGUCAUUUCCGUCAAAAAGAAUGUAAAUGUAUUCAUAUGUUGAUAUAUAUGUUCAUAUGUUUGUAUUUUGAUGUUAAAAUACAUAUGGAAAUGUAUUCAUAUGUUGUGCGUUUAUGGGUAAAUCAUACUGGAAAUAGUUCAAAAGAAUGUACAAAUGUAUUAUUAAAAACUACACUUCCUUUAAACUAAAAUCUACAUUCUAAAACAAUUCUACAUUCUGUUUGCUACAUAAGUAAUUGAGGAUUGAAUUAGAAUUCUUAAUUCAAUUCUGACUGUACACUCUGAUAUUUGUGAUCUGUGUUGCAUUCAAGUCAUAUUUCAUAAAGAUUAGGUACUUAGGUCUAUACACAUUGUUCAAAUGUUAUUUUAGGUAAAAUAUUGUUUUGGUAAUAUGUACGAUCCUGUGCAAAAAAAUUAAAGCCAUUUACGGUGUUCACACUCUACAUAUAUCUGGAUGUUUUAUUUUAUUUGCUUUGUAUGCUUUAUAU